AUGGCGGUUCUCUUGAGGCUGGAUGUCCUCUGCGGUGCUCAAGGAGGCAGAGCUGGUUCCAAGGCUGCAUCUCUUCACUGGACUAGUGAGAGGGUUGUCAGUGUUUUGCUCCUGGGCCUGCUUUCAGCUGCAUAUUUGAAUCCUUGCUCUGCAAUGGACUACUCCUUGGCUGCAGUCCUCACUCUUCAUAGUCAGUGGGGCCUUGGACAAGUUGUCACUGAUUAUGUUCAUGGGGAUGCAUGGCAGAAAGCUGCCAAGGCAGGCCUUUUGGCACUCUCAGCUUUAACCUUUGCUGGGCUUUGUUAUUUCAACUAUCAUGACCUGGGCAUCUGCAAAGCUGUUGCCAUGCUGUGGAAGCUUUGACCUUUUUGACUUGAGAAUUGAUUGUAUGCCUCUGCCUCUGCUCUGUCAUUCAACUCACAAUAAGGAGGAAAUAACAGAAAGCUCAUUGGUGGGCAAACCUUCU